AUGACCCCGGCCUCUGAUACAUAUGAGACGGGCUUUGAAACUGAACUCGAACCCUCUCGAAAAGCAAUGAGUUUGAAAAGGAUACAGUUCUACGGAGGUAUACUCGUUAAUGAGUCAGGAGAAUUUGAUCUUAACCUGAACCUCAACGGUCCCCGGUAUACUGGCCAUCCAACUAGAGAGUUGGACGCUGCAUGGGACGAACUUGUAGGGAACUACGUUACCUUGAAUGAUCAGGAAGCUGCCCGGAUCAACGGUGAAAUUUCGAAAGAAAAUGGCCACUUUUUCGUUGUUCCUCAUGUCCAACACAGCCUUCAUUGCGUGAACUAUUUGAGAAAAGCCCUAUAUCCCAAAUUCUACCCGACUAUCCACGAAGUUAAGGAAACAGUUCCGAAUUACUGGACUCAUAUCGACCACUGCAUUGAGACCCUGAGAGAGACAAUUCAAUGUAAUAUGGACAUGACGCCUGUGCCACACGUCUGGUUUGAAAAGAAGAAUAUGUACAUCGCGAACACACAACUGGUGCAUACCUGUAGAGACUUUGAAGCGCUGCAGAGAUGGGAGAAGGACUGGGAGGAACAAGUGAAACAGCGAAAUAAUGCUUGA